UUGCGCAAACAACGCCGCCAAAUCCUCCGCGUCGGGACGUCGCCGUCCAAUCUCAAAGCAAUCAUCAUCAUCAGACAACACCCGCCCGACUCGACUUUGACCUAGCACCACGCCAGUUGUCCUUCUUCUCUUUGCCAGACUUCCCCUUCUCUCGACUGCACACAUGUACCUUCCGUCUUCGGUGCCGAGUAGAUGCUAAUCGAAACCAUACAAACACAUUGCCAACCACCCUCACACGACAGUACCCUCUCGAUCUCCUCGCGAGGGGUCAACCCGCUUCGUCUCCGGUGUAAGGUAUAAUUCUCGACAAUCACGAUCAGGGAGCCACUUCUUCCUUUCUUCGUUCGACCGGCAACCACCUAUCGCCCUCGUGAUCGACCGACUCGACUUUACCGGAUUUGCUCGACAACACCAUAACAUCAACUACACCACAAACCCACGCUCUCUGGCCGUGCUCGCCCCCUCCACCGCCAUGUCGUUUCUCUUCGGCAGGGCUAGGACGAGGCCCGCUGUCGACCUGCCCAAGCAGGCUAGAGAUCAUGUAACGAAGCUCGAAGGUCCAAAUGGUCCCGCCAAGGCUGAAGAGCUCGCCAAGGUACUGAACCAAAUGAAAUUCAUCUUGCAAGGCACACAAGAGUCCGACAGCAGCCCCGAACAGAUAUACCAGCUCGUCACCGGGCUGAUUGAAGAAGACCUCCUAUACCUCCUUGCUGUGAACCUCUGGCGUCUGCCAUUCGAGUCUCGUAAAGAUACACAAGUAAUCUUCUCCUACGUUUUCCGCUUCCGCCCGCCCACCGCCUCUCCAAAAAGCGACCCUCUAGCCUUGUCCUACGUUGUCAAUAAUCGCCCGCAAGUACUGCUCGAAUUAUGUCGAGGUUAUGAACACAAGGAGAGCGCAACGCCUGCCGGUACCGUUCUUCGCGAGGUCCUGAAGUCGGAGGCCGCUGCCGCCAUCAUUCUGUACGACGACGACGACGAGUCUGGGUCUAGUAGCAAGGGCAUCAAUCUCAUAGACAGGGACCGUCGGCAGAGCGGUAACGGCGUCUUUUGGAGGUUUUUUGACUGGGUCGACAAGAGCUCCUUCGAAGUGGCGGCAGAUGCUUUCACGACAUUUCGGGAACUGCUCACGAAACACAAGGAGCUGGUUCCGAGAUACCUGUCGGUCAACUUUGAUCUAUUCUUCGACAAGUAUAACAACAUCCUCGUACAAUCCAACAGCUAUGUUACCAAGCGGCAGUCUAUCAAACUCCUUGGCGAAAUCCUGCUGGACCGAUCGAACUACAGUGUUAUGACCGCCUACGUCGAUCGCGGGGAGCACCUCAAGAUAUGCAUGAAUCUUCUGAGAGACGAUCGCAAAAUGGUGCAGUACGAAGGCUUUCACGUCUUCAAGGUCUUCGUAGCGAACCCGCAUAAGUCAAUUGCCGUGCAGAAGAUCUUGCUGAUGAACCGGGAAAAGCUACUUACGUUCUUGUCCCAUUUUUUGGAGGACAGAACCGAUGACGAGCAAUUCAUCGACGAGAGAGAGUUCUUGAUCAAGCAGAUUAGAAACAUGCCGCCAAAUCCGGUGGCGCCUCAGAGGCAUGGUAUGUCGGGUGGUGGCUAGAUC